CAGAUCCCGAUUCUGAUUAGGCCUCCGCAGUCAAACAUCUCCUUCUCGCAACACCUCGAAGAUAACCUCCAAACACUCUCUACACACAAUUCUGACCAAGAUGGGCGUAUCGACGGCUUUCUCUAUGUCCCGGACCUCCUCAAAAACGAUGAAUGCUACAACAUUUCCAAGCAAUAUAUUCCAGCCAAUGUUACUCGGCAAGCCAACCUUCCCCCAACAGACUUCACCCUGAUAGGCAUUGUGCCUUGGAUCAACACCCAAUGCACCCUAGAGUACUUAGCUGCUGCGCGUCUGGACCCGUGCCGAGCUCUAAUAUUUUAUCUUCCGGACAAUAACACUACCCAACCUCCUUCUGCAGACUCUGACGUAUGGGUCCUUAAUGAUGACGGCGCCUGGAAGUCCAAGUUCCAAUACCCGGUCUAUGCCGUCCCUGGCGCGAUAGGAAAAGGGUUGGUGCACGAGUUAAGUUUAUACUCCGGAAAUAUGACGAGCGUUCCUUGGGGUCAUGAAAUAUCAGAGCUGCCUGAGAUAGACCCGAGGGACUACGUUCGAUUAUACACCAGGAUUCUUACGUCUAAUUCUUCGACCCUUCCGAGCUUAUGGGUAUUCUUGGUGGUCGUUCUGGUGAUAGCUGUUCUCACGCUUGGAACUAUUUCGGCAUCAAUGCAUCUGAUUCAACGGUCCCGGCGAAAAUCGUUGCAACGACGUGUGGCUAGUGGAGAGGUCAACCUCGAAGCCCUAGGGAUCAAACGCCUUACUGUGCCUCAACAGUUCAUUGACCAACUACCGUUGUUCAUCUAUACGUCAGAGGAGCAAUCCCCGCCAGCAUCUCCAGAGCCAAAGAAGAAGCCCACAGAAACUAUCAGCGGACAGCCCGGUUGCCAGGGAGGGUCGUCCGUGUGGACCCGUCAUACGGGUGACGGAUCAUACAUGCCUCUGAAUAAUCCAACAGCACAAAUCAUCAUGGUUGAUGACAGCACGUCGAACCCAGAUUCUUUCAUUGUUCAUAAAUUCUUGCCAUAUACCCAGCCAACUUGCGCCAUUUGUCUUGAUAACUUUGAGCCUGGGACAACCGAAAUCCGCGAGAUUCCCUGUGGGCAUAUAUUCCAUCCCGAAUGCAUCGAUCUCUUUCUAGGCAGCAACAGCUCGCUCUGCCCUCUAUGUAAGAAGUCGGCCUUGCCCAUCGGAUACUGCCCCACCAAGGUCACCAACGCCAUGGUUCGCGCGGAGCGGAACCUCAGAGAAAUAAGAUCGACGGUUAUGGUACAUGAUGAGGAGCUGGACGCAGAAAGUGAGCGUACCAGAUCACGGAUGCAAAAUUGGGUUAAGAGAAAUCUCUUCAGCCAAACGCCUCCGCCAGCUGCAAUCUCUUAUACAGUGCCACUUCAACCACAGCCAGUCUUCAUGACGAACGCCAUGCCAUCUCGUUUUCAGGUACAAGACGACGCAACAGCCGAGGUGAUGGAGGCGGCUCGACAAGAAUUAGUCGAGCAAAGGAUCCGAGAACUGGCAACCACACGGGUUCCAAUUCAAGAUCCGGACGUGAUUCAAGAGCGUGAACGGCCACAUUGUAAGCUCCCAUUCAUGCGGAGACGGCCGUGCUUACACACUUGUUAGGGAAGAAAACGCUACUGGCAGUCUUUCCUGGAUUUUUCUAGUAGUUGAUAUAUAUUUUUGCAUUUAGCGCUGCAUUGGGAAGGGAUCUAAGUCGGAGUUACAUAUACCACGGAAUCGGAAGGGGCAUUUGCGGGGUUGCAU